CCCAUUUUCCUUUCUGUUAAACCCUACCUCUGAAUUUCGCAGAUAACCCUAAUUGUGCACAGAUUCAUCCAUCUGGUGCAUGAGCUUCUUCGUUACUUAAGUGGGGUUUUUGUGGUCUGAUUUAGCAGAGACCCUAUAAUUCUAGCAGAGAUUCAUCCAUCUAUGGCAUGAGCUUCUCCUUUCCCAUAACAGAGGUUCUGAAAAAUCAUUUGAUCCAUUCGUUUUUUCAUCGGUGAAACCUCAUUGGAUCUUAUCUUGUGCAAAACCAUGGGGGACUAUGGAGAUGUUUACAUGCGCAACAGAGAUGCAGCUGUUCAAGCUCGCACUAAAGCACAAAAUAGAGCAAAUGUUUUGCAGCUAAAGCUGAUUGGGCAGAGUCAUCCAACUGGGUUAACAUCGAACCUUUUGAAGCUUUUUGAACCUAGACCUCCUUUGGAGUAUAAGCCUCCUCCAGAGAAGAGAAAAUGCCCACCUUAUUCAGGAAUGGCACAGUAUGUGAGUAACUUUGCAGAGCCGGGUGACCCAGAAUAUGCACCGCCGGUUCAGAAGGCUGAAACUCCAACACAAAGAAGGGCACGAAUCCACGGACUUCGGCUUGAGAAAGGCGCUGCCAAAGCUGCCGAAGAGCUGCAGAAAUAUGAUCCUACAAAGGACCCUAAUAUAUCUGGAGAUCCAUACAAAACACUGUUUGUUGCAAGGCUUAAUUAUGAAACAACCGAGCACCGAAUCAAAAGGGAGUUUGAGGCCUAUGGGCCAAUCAAGCGGGUUCGUCUCAUCCAUGACAAAACUACGAAUAAGCCUCGUGGUUAUGCAUUCAUUGAGUACGUGCACACCCGUGACAUGAAGACUGCAUACAAACAAGCAGAUGGUCGGAAGCUGGAUAAUAGAAGGGUACUUGUCGAUGUUGAGCGUGGUAGAACUGUUCCAAAUUGGCGUCCUCGCAGACUGGGUGGUGGACUUGGAUCAACUAGGGUGGGAGGUGAAGAAGUUAAUCAGAAGUACUCUGGCAGGGAACCUCAGCAAGCCACAGGAGGAUCACGUUCUGAGGAACCGAGGUCACGAGAUGAUCGCCACGUUUCUAGGGAGAGGGAAGUGGACCGGGUAAGAGAUAGGGAUCGCGACAGGGAGAAGUCACAAGAGCGGUCCCACGAGCGGGUGACCCGAGACCGAGAUGACAGACACCAUAGGGACCGCGAUAGAGAUAGAGAGAGAGAAAGGGAAAGAGAGCGUGGUCGUAACUAUCGUGACCGUGAAAGGCCUAGAGAGCGAGAGAGGGAGAGAUCAUAUGAUCGGCGUGAUCGUGACCGUGACCGUGACCGUGAGAGGCCUAGAGAGAGAGAGAGGGAGAGGUCUUAUGACCGUGAAAGGCCUAGAGAUAGAGAGAGGGACAAUGAGGAGAGAGAUAAGCACUGGGGCAGAGAAAGGGAGUAUGACCAUUUGGAUGACGAUAAGCCUAGGGAUGUGGACUAUCAUGAUGGGCAUACUGGGCAUGAGAAUGAACACGAUCAUGGCUGGGAUAGGGAGUAUGAUGACCGUAUGGAGGCUGAGGAUGACGACGAUCGCGAUCAUGAGAGGGAAAGGGAUAGAGAGAGAGAGCAUGGGAUAGUGGAGCCUGAUGAACAUGAUCAAGGUUGGGAGCGCUAAUACGAGCAUCAGCAGGGGCACAUCAGGUACUGUUUUUUUUUGUUUUCAACAUGGUAAGGCACUUUGAACUGGGACCCAUGCUUUUCUCAAGAUUUUUAAUUGUUUUUUUCUUUUUUUUUGGAGGGGGAAAGAAAGGAUAUUCUGGUGAUUUUCUAUUUUGCAUUUGAUGGUGAGGACUUGUGUGUUAUAUCUCAAUGUUUUGAUUUGAGACUUCUACUUGAAAAAAUGGUUUUGAGUGUUAA